AUGCUAGGAGAAGGUGAGAAAGAAUACACUGAAAAAGAACAAGAUUUACUUUAUAUUACUGAACAUUUUAAACCUUACAUGAAAGGAAUUGGUGAAAAGACUGUGAAAGAUUUUUUAUCAAAAACGGAAACAAAACAAAAGAAGAGGCAAGAUCGUCUUUUGCACUUUGUUGACACAUUGAAGACAUUGCUAAGGAAUCUGCGGAGCACACACAAGGAGCCCAUUUCAAUACCCGCCCUUUGUGACUAUCUUUUGCAAAAUUUUCUAGAUGUGAAAAAGAGUGCCGAUGAAGAAUAUAUUCGACGAAGAUUUUCAGCAUAUUCGAAUGAAUUGGCCUCUCUUCAUGCAUUGCGUGACAUUGACGCUACUGUGACGAGCGAUGUUGACCAAACUCAUGUGAUGAUGACUGAGGGAGUUGUCCUCUCGACCAUUCAUGCAGCGAAAGGUCUUGAGUAUGAUUAUGUCUUCAUUCCUGAAGUUCAAGAUGGAGUCAUGCCUCUACAGAAAAAAGUGAUCGAUCUAUCAAAGGUUCCAGAGAAGCAAAUUGAGAAGAUUGAUGAGAGUGAAGAGAGAAGAAUAUUUUAUGUGACCAUGACACGAGCGAAACGAUGUUUGUAUUUUACUCACGUGGAACCUUCACAAUUUAUUUCUUGUAUUUUCACACACAAGUCAUUGAAACAACUUUAA